UUGUUUGCAUAGUUAGGUUAGCUGCUCAUGUGAGCUGCAUGUCACGCAGUUGAGAAUUGUUAGAGACUGAAAAGACCAGUUACGUACGAACAGACUCACCAAGCAAGAUGAACCAACUAACGUGGGUUGUGGUCCUGGCUAUCUCCAUGACCAAGCUGUGGAUAACAGCGCAAGGCAUUUACGUGGACAAUGGAAACCCAUAUGACAAGGGAACACUGCAAGUCCUUAAUUUCACUAUCAGCCAGCAUGACGCCCCACUACUCACCAAAGUCUACUACCCAAAGAAGAUCGACACGUAUGCAGUUCUGUUUUUCACGGGUGGUUUGCUAGGAUACAUACCAGCAGAGAGUUACAGUGAUGUGUUAACGCGGGUGGCCAGUCACGGGUUUGUAGUGAUAGGGGUGGACUAUCUACCAUUCCCUAUUCCAACUCCUCCAGUAGGCGUUAUAGGGGAUAGAGCUCACAGGCAGGGUGUUGGGAGUCACCAGUCCAAGAAAUACAUGGAGGAACUGCAGUGGUUAACACAGAAUCUGGAGGGAAGAAUUGCUCAGCAGCUCAACCACACUACACUACCCCGACUGGUGCCGGCAUUCGACCACUUGGCGGUUAGCUGCCACUCUGCUGGAUGUGACCCCUUUGCGGACAUGAUUGUACAGAAUCAUACAUUUGCAGCGGCUGCCCUAUUUCUGGAACCGUUUAGCUUCCACUUCAAAACUCCGCUGACGUUCAACAUGCCUGCCCUCAUACUCGGCACGGAGUUCUCAACGGAACACCCAGCGUGCAUCUGGCCUAAUGAGGGAUACGACCACUUCUACGACAUGUGGAAAUGUCCAAAAAUUGUCAUGAACGUCAAGGUAAGCAUGCAUAUUACUGUAAAUACAUUUAAAAUGACACAUAGCACAGCUAUUAUACAAACAGAUGAUGCAAACAGCUUCUUUGGACAAUAUUUUUUUCUUUCUUUUGAAUCUCCACAGGGUCAUGGCCACUGUGAAAUGCUGGAUGCUGGGAUGUACUCAGUGUGUGCAAAGGAACAGUUCUGUAAGUCUAAUCCGGAUGCAGACCUCAACAAGUAUCACAGCUUUGUACAAGGCAUCAGCGUGGCCUUCCUUACCACCGAGCUACAGGGACAGAACAAGCUGCAGUACGUCACUAACACCACCUUACUGCCUGUGGAGCUGCUGGAGUUUAAGAAAGUCUUAGACUGUUGAAGCAAAGAUUUUGAAUCUUGACAAGACUAACAAUCACAUGUACAUGUAGCUGUUAUACAUCAAAUGUAAGCAUCAGGCAAUUUUUUUGUCUGUGAGGAAUUAUUGUCUAUCAGCCUCUCUUGAUAUGUCUCAUACAUGCCUUCAUCUCUUAUUUAAUAUGUAAUGUAACAGUGGGGUUCAAGCGCCACAAAACUAACCAUGCCAACAGAGACCGUCCCUUUUGGUGUAACGGUUAGUGCAUUGAGUUUGUGAUCUGGCAGCCUGGGUUUGGCAUGGGUUUGAAUCCCGGGAGCCAGAAGAUUUAUUCUACUCGCUUUUUACAGUAACAUUAGUUACAUUCUGUGGAAAUAAAUAGACACAACUAAUUUAUACACAUGUCACCAUGCUAUAUGAGAGGUUGAGUAUACCAAAACAUGAUCAUUCACAUUCUUCUUAAGAAAUGCCAACACUUCUUACUGAUUGAGACCUUUG